CCCUUCAUCGGCUACAAGGAACGGCCGGAGACGUCCGACCACAGCUUGCCGCCCCUCAAUAACUUCUCGGUAGCUGAGUGCCAGCUGAUGAAGACGGAGCGGCCUCGGCCCAACACGUUCGUCAUCCGAUGCUUGCAGUGGACGACGGUCAUCGAGCGGACCUUCCACGUGGACUCUCCCGAAGACGAGGAGUGGAUGCGAGCCAUCCAGACGGUAGCGAACAGCCUGAAGAACCAGGAAGCGGAGGCGGACGCCAUGGAUUACAAGUGCGGAUCCCCCAGUGACGGCACCAGCGCCGAGGAGAUGGAGGUGGCUGUCAGCAAAACCCGCGCCAAGGCUACCAUGAACGAUUUUGAUUACCUGAAGCUCCUGGGAAAGGGCACCUUUGGCAAAGUCAUUUUGGUGCGGGAAAAGGCCACCGGCCGCUAUUAUGCCAUGAAAAUCCUACGGAAGGAGGUCAUCAUCGCAAAAGAUGAGGUGGCGCACACUGUUACGGAGAGCCGGGUGCUGCAGAACACCAGGCACCCCUUUCUCACCGCACUGAAAUACGCCUUUCAGACCAACGACCGGCUGUGCUUCGUCAUGGAGUACGCCAACGGCGGAGAGCUGUUUUUCCACCUCUCGAGAGAACGCGUCUUCACCGAGGACCGAGCCCGUUUCUACGGCGCGGAAAUCGUCUCUGCGCUGGAGUAUCUGCACUCCCGGGACGUGGUGUACAGGGACAUCAAGCUGGAAAACCUGAUGCUGGACAAAGAUGGCCACAUCAAAAUCACCGACUUCGGGCUCUGCAAGGAGGGCAUCACGGACGGAGCCACCAUGAAGACUUUCUGCGGCACUCCCGAGUACCUGGCUCCGGAGGUCCUGGAAGACAACGAUUACGGCCGUGCCGUGGACUGGUGGGGCCUGGGGGUCGUCAUGUACGAGAUGAUGUGCGGUCGCCUCCCCUUCUACAACCAGGACCACGAGCGCCUCUUCGAGCUGAUCCUGAUGGAGGAGAUCCGCUUCCCUCGGACCCUCAGCCCCGAGGCCAAGGCCUUGCUGGCCGGGCUGCUCAAGAAGGAUCCCAAACAGAGGCUCGGCGGAGGCCCCAGCGACGCCAAGGAGGUGAUGGAGCAUCGCUUCUUCGCCCCCAUCAACUGGCAGGACGUGGUGCAGAAGAAGCUGGUGCCGCCGUUCAAGCCCCAGGUGACGUCCGAGAUCGACACGCGGUAUUUCGACGACGAGUUCACAGCCCAGUCCAUCACCAUCACCCCGCCGGAUCGCUGUGAGUGCCGGCACCACCGGAAAUGA